UCGCCGCCAUCUCUCUGGUCGGACCCAGGUGCGCCCGGCGGUGUUGCAGUCGACUGUUUGUUUUUGUUGUUUGCCAUUCGAGGUGGAACCGGGAGGUUACUGCCAGCGUUUACAGACGAGAGAACGGUUCUUAUCGGCGGGUACUCCCUUUGCUUGGAACCCCAUUCGUCCUGCAGCUCCGAGUCCAAGAUGCGCUUCGGCGUCGUGCUGUGCUGCCUGCUGGUCGUUCCCGUCCGAGCGGCCUACAUGUCCGGCUCCUGCCCGCCGGCAGUCGCCUUGCGGCAAUGCGCGCCCACGUGUCAGGACCACGUGGAGUGCCCCGGCGCUCUCCUGUGCUGCGACACUGUUUGCGGGGGCACCGCGUGCGUGCGGCCAGUCACGAGUGUGCGAAAAGGGCAACGAGACCAGGGCAAUGGACCAGAGUGCUGCCCGAAGCCCGGCCGCUGCCCCGACGUCGUGGAAGGCAGCUGGAUGUGCAGCACGCGCUGCAGGGGCGACUUCGACUGCGACGGCCCGACCAAGUGCUGCCUCAGUCGCUGCGGUGCCAUGGAGUGCGCCGCGCCUGUCCUCUGA